GGUAGUUUGACUUUAGGUCAAUCAUGUUAUCGCAUAUAGUAUUGCAUAUAGGUAGAUCGUAGAUAACAACAAACAGGCUACACACCAAUACUACGCGAUGGACAUGGGCAUAAUAUAUUAUAAUAUAUUAGAUUUUUAGAAAACCCGAUAUUAUGUGUUUAGAACUCUCGUUCUGUUGAGUUGUAUUUCGCGAAGUAAAUAAUUAAUAAACAGUUUCAGCUCACCUCACAAUUUGCAAUGAAAGAGAAGAAAAAUUCCAGGAUAAUAUUAUAUUCAUGUCUGAUUUUCGCAUCCGGCAUGUUGUGUUAUAAAAUAUUCGAAAGACGACUAGCUGUACCAUCUUCAUUCGUAAACACCGAAAUGAAGUUUAAUUGUUCAAAUGGAGUGUCGAUCAAACCUUCCAAGGUUUGUGAUGGUCGUAAGGAUUGUUCAGAUGGUUCAGACGAGACCGUAGCAUUGUGUGAUCGAAACGAAUAUGGAAAAAAUUUUACAAGGGAUUGCGGUAGAGUAUAUAUAAACCAAGAAACAAUCGUCAAUGGUCAAAAAGCAAAUGUCGGAACGGCGCCAUGGCAUGCGGAAAUAUAUAGAUUCGUUAAAAACGUUUCCAAUUAUGAAUUCCUUUGUGGCGGAUCAAUUAUUUCUUCAAAUUUAGUCGUCUCGGGUGCUCGUAGUUUUUGGCAUAAUGAUAUGUCAUCUAAUAUAAUAUCGAACAUCGACGGUCUGUACAAAAUUGCGGUUGGGAAAUAUGAUGGAAACGUUUCAAUUAUUGACAAUAACUUUACUCAAAUAAUGGAUGUGGACAGUAUUUACCUGAAAGAAACUUUUAGUGGAUCUAGCCGUGGGGUAUUUGCUUAUGAUAUAGCUAUUGUUGUGUUGAAAACCCGAAUUUCUUUUAGUUAUUAUGUUGCACCUGUGUGUAUUGACUGGAACGGAAAAUACAAUGUAGUCAACGGAGAUUAUGGAAAGAUUGUUGGUUUGGGAUAUAAGAAUAACGAAAGCUCCAGUCCGGUUAUAAGAGAAUUAUCUUUACCAUACGUCGACCGUAGUACUUGCCAGAAUAUAUUGCACACAAACGGAUUUGAUAAAUAUGUAACUGUUGAUAAGUUUUGUGCCGGUUCUGCAUUGGUUGCAGGAGAAGGAGCAGGUGUAGGGUAUGCUGCUGCAGGGUUAAGCUUUUUCCACGAUGAUUCUUAUUAUAUAACCGGAAUAACGAGUCUAAAGGAAUCAGAUUCAAAUAAUUCAAUCACAAUUUUUACAGAAGUUCAGUACCACACACAAUGGCUUCGUGGACUGUAUGACAAAUAUAAAUAAUUAAAUUAGAUUAUGGUAACGUUAUUAAAAUAAUGUAUUCCAAUAUUCUAAUGUAAAUCCGUAUUUCUAUAAAUAGGUUUUUACUUAUGUGUAACAACUUUUAACAGUUCAUAAUAUAAAAAUUGUUCAUUUAAAUAAAUCGUAAUACAUAAUAUUAUGUCAUAGUUAUUAGUAAUUAUUAGAACAUUAGCAUUGUAUUAUAUAUAUUAUGUCCCUCAUUGACACAUAUUGAAUUCAAACAGUUUAUUAUACCAAUUUUGCAUUAUA